GAAUGAAGCCCGCACCUUCAGAGGAAAGUCCGUGUUCGUCAAUCUUGCCCCGCAAACUUCGGACCCCAUUUCCCCCUCGGACACCGUUACACCUGGAUGAAAUUGGAGGGGAGGCUAAGGACGGAGUUCCACUGAUAGUUCAGAAUUGUGUCCAUGCAUCUAUGGGAAGGAUUAAAACUGCGCCCAAUAAGAAGGCGCGACUGAGUGUGAACUACGCAUUAAAUUUCGGGCUCGAUUACGGGUCGAUAGGAACAGCUUGCAUUGGAGAAUCAAUGAAGUAGAAGGAAAAAAAGAUCGGCCAAUAUUGCGCAAGUAUGGGCAGAUCAGCUUCCCACAAAAUGAAGUGUAUGCUGCAAUUCUGUUUUAUAUGUGUGAGUCCUACAAUACCGUUCAAACAUGUCAUAUUAUACGAUAACUGACAUGACUGAUAGUCAGCUGCUCUUUUCCCAAGACCAUGCUGGAACGAGGCGGCCAAGGUAGCCCGCUCUUAACCCAUCAAUCAUCUUACUCACGAUGGAUAAGGAUAUGUCUGUCUCCUUCUACAACACAAUAGAAACCAGGACCAACUUUUUUGACGGUGUUUGAGGGGAAGAAUGAUUUAUCAGAUUGAGUUAUAUUUACUUGUCAGAAAAGAAAACCAGUGAGGAGCUACCGCUGCAUAUAAAUAUGAACUAACUGUUCUAUCAUUAGCUCAAUAUACGAACACUACCAGCCAUAGUAUUUGCAUAGCCUGAAUGUCGUUUACCAUCCGAGGCCUACAAAGCUGAUUCAAGUAUGCUAUGUAACAUGGUGAUGGUAACAGUGUACUUAUUGUGAUUUCAAUAGGGCCAAUGACGGCGUUGUCUUUUCACCAGCAUGUCACAGCGGAUCAAGUUAAUGAUCAAGGAGCUACAGACUUGAAACAGAAUAUAUGUAGUAAUCUUGUAUAAGUAUAUGAACGAUAGGAAAGAUGCUAUUAUUGAGAUUGUGCUCCACGCGCAAGACAUACGCUCUCUUAGGGAUUGGAAUAUUGGUAUGCGUGUUAGUCGCCUACUUUCGGAUCGGUGACGAAGUGCGUACAAUUAGGAAUGACUUCACAAACUUUGCUAAGCUGGAGCAACGAGGUGCAAAGGCGCUGAAACUUCUUAAAGGGAACGACCCGGACAAGGCGACAACGGAAUCGGACAGGUUACAGUCUUUUAUAGCGACAAAUAUGCCGCUUGCAGCAAUGGUAACAAAGAAACCUACGAUCGGUAAAAUAGAAACGACGUCGACAACAAUAGCUACAUCAACAUCUGUUAGAACGGAAAAAACAAGCACAGCAACGGCAAAGACGACGACAACAACAACGGCAAAGACGACGACAACAACUACCAACAUACCAACAACAACGUCAAAGCAACAAUACAUGAAUACCGUAGCACAGACCAUGCAAAGGCGAGGCAUGAGCCAAGCAGAGAGGAUAAUUGCCUUGGAUCUUCUAAAAGUGAUCAUCAAAGUUGCUAAAAGACUUGGUCUGGUCCAUUUCAUUUUCGGGGGGACGAUGGUUGGAAGUUGGAGGAAUCACGGAAUCAUUCCCUGGGACGAUGAUAUUGAUUUAUCCUUCAAUGCUUCAGAUAAGAAUCGGUUGAGGGAGGGUAUCGCUGCACUUGGCAGCCCCUACAAGUGUAAUGAUGGAUCAGCCAGAAUCAAAAUGUGGUCCGACUCCUCCACCAUCCAGUCUCCAUACUCUUGGAAGUGGCCUUACAUCGACGUCAUCUUCUUUGAGAACAAUGAGACUCAUCUUUGGGAGAAGGCAGGAGAGUUCCGAAGCACUAAAUACAAAAUGGCCGAUGUCUUCCCAUUGCAUGAACGGCCCUUUGAACAAUUGUGGGUGAACGCACCCCACAACAUCGUAGCCAUGUACUUGCUCUAUUUCGGACAGCCUGAUUGGUGUACAACCUGGUGGUAUGUCCAUAAGUUUGAAAAAGGCGGUAAAAUGAUUGGGUUUAACUGCAAGGAGUUGGCACCAUAUUUCCCAUUUGUUCACAGAGAUAUAGUGAAUGGGACAAUGAGAGAGACACUCAAGUUACUGGACGUAGUCGUCAGUUCAGUCAUGGUGCCCGGCGAGCCAGUCGAACAUAUUACAGCGCCUUAUGGGUUUAGAGCACUCGAUGUGACCAGCACUAAAAAAAGUAAACGUUAAAUUUAUUUGCUGGAUAUGAUUCAUACUGAUUUCAUCACAUUGAUAGCUACCGGGCCCAGGCAGGCAGGACGAACAUUUGGCCUGGGUUAUGUCCCUUAUAAUGAAAUGAACAAACAACAAACUAGAGGGUGACACUUUCCAAUCUUUAUUUGAUAUAUUCAAGACAAAUUUAGGUAUUCGGCUUCACACUGGUGACUUGAUCUGUCGUGUCAAAAUCACUAACAUGCUUUACACCACAUGGUAUUUCCUAAGAGAUACAAAACGCAUUGAUAACAUCAUUCGUCCCAGGAAUCACUCUAUGCCAGGGCAUUAAAAUCUGUUGCACCUGUUAAUCCUGAUUUGUCAGGACUCUAUCUUGGUCCAGUACUUUCUUCCAAUACUUGCCAACAAGGCCCAUCUUUCAUUUCGGUCAGUCAAAAUAUGAGUUUGGGUGUUGGAGCUACUUGAGGUUUCCUGGCAAUAACAUGAUAACGCUUAUGGUCAAUCUGAAUGCAAGGUCGUUACGCCUUUAAAAUCAGAAGAGGCAAUACAGCAAACUUUAGACUUUAGAAACAUCACCAACCACCUCAACGCAUGCCGCAUCAAACAUCGCACAUGGUCUCCAAGUAAUAAAUAUCAUCAGGAUAACAUAUUUCAUGUAUUAAAUGCUUCAUAUAGCCAAAAUUA